CCCACAUACCAAAUUAAAGAGAAGAGCCCAGAAUCUCUCUCCUUCUUUUAUAUUCUCACUCAGUCUCUUCUGAAAUAUUUUAAGCAACUGUCCUGCUCUCUUCCUUUGCUUUCAUAUGAAGACGCUUAUGGAUUCCUCCUCCUCCUCCAGAAGACACUUCCACUGGACCCAGAAGGUGGGAAGUGAAGAAGAAGAUGACCAAUACCCACUUCCAACCCUCAAACCUACCUCCGUGGCCGCCGACCUGGAAGAGAUGAAGAAGAAAAACAGAGUCGUCUCUCCAGAGCCGCAGCCACCGCAUCCUGCAGCCCAAGUACAAAGAAGGAAGAUGCCGGCCGUUGCAGUUGCUCGGUUGCGUUCGGUUCUCACAGUUUUUGCCAAAAAUCGGUCUAGCCUUUCACCGGGUCUGGGUUCUCGGGUCGUUGGAACCCUUUUCGGAUCUCGGCGUGGCCAUGUGCACUUUGCAUUCCAAAGAGACCCCAGCUCCGAACCUGCCUUUUUGGUAGAGCUUGCGACGCCUAUUAGUGGCUUGGUAAAAGAAAUGGCGUCUGGAUUAGUCCGAAUUGCAUUGGAAUGUGAUAAAGAGAAAGAAGGGGGGAAAAAAGCUGUGAGACUUCUAGAAGAGCCGCUGUGGAGGACAUUUUGCAAUGGGAAGAAGAGCGGUUUUGCUACAAGGAAGGAUUGUGGGGCUAAAGAGAUGAAAAUCCUCAAGGCUGUGGAGCCAAUUUCGAUGGGUGCUGGUGUUCUGCCAGGAAACUAUGAAGCUGAAACCGAAUCGGCUGGAGAUGAGUCGCCUGAAUCUGAAACCGGUUCUGAUAAUGAGAUCAUGUACAUGAGAGCCAAAUUUGAGAGAAUUGUGGGUUCUAGAGAUUCUGAAGCUUUCUACAUGAUGAACCCAGAUAGCAAUGGAACUCCCGAACUCAGUAUCUAUCUGCUUAGAGUCUAAUUCAGCUGCAGCCAUGAAAUCUCUGGGUCUUGCUCAUUUCAAAAGAAUUUAGUCAAGCCUUGAUGGAGCCCAGCUAGAUUUCUCCAUAACCUUACUUUUGUUUUAAUUUCCUUUCCUUUCCUUUCCUUUCUGAUCUUUUGGGAAAAUGGUUGGUGGGUUAUUGUAUUUUGUUAGAGUAGGUGGGGUGGGGGGGGCAAUACAUUAUAACAUGUUGGGAGGAGGGGGCCAUGAAGGUGUAUAUGUAUAGGUUUUUGUUCAGUCCUUUAUAUUUGAUAAGACAAGGUGGGCGUUGCAAUCAAAUGAUUGUCUUUGCAUUUUGGUUCAAUUCUUCUUGUUUCCCAAUAGCAGAGACUCCCCAAUCAACAACAUGUUACAGGAGCGAAAGAAAGAGAGAGAUUUAAUCCAUGCUAUUACUUAUUGCAGGCAAGUGCUUUUGCUAUUUGUCUCCUCCUCAAUAGCUCCAGAUUUGCAUCAUCUUCUUAAUCGUGGCUUGUGGAUCUAACUUAGUUUGUUGGUUUCUUAACUAUCCUUAACGAGGAUGCUUUAUGCUCCAGUUUGGUCUCUAGAUCUUGUCCUAUUUAUACGUGGUAACGAGCUAUUGAGGAGGUGAGGAGGAUCAAUCUUUCCCUUUUCUCUUUAGUCUGUUAAAUUACAACUCCUUCCGUUGAACUAAAUGAUUUUUUAUUUACAUGUUUUAUUAGUCAAAAUCUCUUCCAUGUUGAGAUUUGAAGACUGAUCUGUACUUUAAGUGGAAUCAGACAUAUUUUCAUUCUCUCUUUUGGUAAGUAGAUGGAGAUGAAGAGAUUCAUUGUUUAAUUUGGAUAGAGAUGCAUUAUACAAAAGCUUGUAAACUGGGUCAUACUUUGAAUUAGAGAGUAAAGUUGAAAGAAGGCUAAAGAAGGAAAGGAGAUUAUUCUUGCUGUUGCCUUCUUUUUCAGAUGGUGGGUGCUCUUGGGUAAGGAUGCCCCCACCCUUCUUCAAUAAAUUCACCAACGAUCGUUAUUUCAGUGUCUUCUUCCUUCAUCUUUCCCUGUGAGGUUUCGAUCAUCUGGCGACUUUGGUUCACAUAACCUUCCCACAAAAUUUUAGCAUUUUAUGUAUUGGACAAUGAUCAAGAUGAACCAAUCAUUACUUCUUGUUUAACAUAUCUAUGUGGGAAAAUUGAUCCCAAUAUGUUUUUGAAAUAAAGCCAGAUCAUAGAAGUCAUCAAAAGGCAACAAAAAUAAUCAAAGGAAUGGCAACUAGCAUCCCCAACAGCACAUUGAGCUUUCCUCCUUUUGUUGACUGCUUUUCACCCUUCUUCAGGGUUGUUUUUCUAUAUUUUCAGCGAAGAUCAAUCAAAUGUGACAGAUUUUGAAGGCCUCAAGAAUCUAAUGAAUUAAUACGGGGAAAAUUUUGCAACUAUCAUAGACAAAGGGUGAGGAAUAGCAACAUAAAUCGUCAAAGAUGGUUCUAGUUGGAAGAAAAGGACCCAAUUCCACAUGGACGAUUUGGCAAGUGGGCUCGGAGGAUGUAGCCACCAUG